GACUUCCCCCCCUCUCCUCAAGCAGUCCUGGGGCUUCUUGGAGCUAGUGAGGCACUAGCUCCCAGAACACCUGAAGAGCAGAUCUGUGCUGCUCAUCUCUAGACCAUCCUCCCUGGAUCCGUGUCUGAUUUGUAGGGAAAGAAGGCUGGCUGGCCAAACACACCCAGACACCCACAUUACAGGGUAGUGGGGCUAGACCUUCCCAACGUGCCUUGCAGCAGAGUACCUCCUACGAGGCCCAGCUUCUGACUCUUAGAAGGGGGAGGGACAGUCAAGAGGGAGGGAACCAGACCGGAGGAAGAAGAAAAGGACGUGGGGGCCCAACCUCUGGACCCCGGCAUGGUGAAACCCAGUCUCUCCUAUCAGAGGGAAAGAGAAGAACUAGCCAGCAUGGCGACACCCCUCUCUCAACCCUUACGGCGUCUUCCUCUCUUGCGCCAAGCCAUCAAGAUAAGGCGCCAGAAGGCCAAAGGUCUUUUGCUGGAAACCCUCCCUCAAACUAAUCAAGAGAUGGAAACUCCAUCUCAUCACUUCUCCCCAGAGGAGCAGGCUCUCCUCUAUGAGGAAGCUCUCUAUACAGUCCUGCAUCGGCUAGGCCAACCUGAGCCUAAACAUGUAGCAGAAGCCUCUGAGCUGCUGAGCUAUCUACAGGAGGCCUUUCACAUGAAGCCUGAGGUACAUCAACAGCUGCUCCAAAAAGUUCAGGAUCUUGAGAAGCCCUUGUUUUGCCUGAAGGUGACAGUAAAGCGGGCCAAAGGCAUUCUUGGAAAGGAUGUCAGUGGGUACAGUGAUCCCUACUGCCUGCUGGGCAUUAUUGAGCAGGGCGUAAGCGUGCCAGACGGCAGCCCAGGGCAUCGGCGACGGCAGAAGGCCGUAGUGAAGAACACAAUCCCUGAAGACCAGACCCAUCGGACUCAGGUCAUCAGCCAGACUCUCAACCCUGAGUGGGAUGAGACUUUUUUCCUGGAAUUUGAGGAUAUAAGCACUGCCAGUUUCCAUUUGGAUAUGUGGGAUGCAGACCAGGUGGAGUCUGUGAGGCAGAAAUUGGGAGAGCUGACGGAUUUGCACGGCCUCCGGAGGAUCUUCAAGGAAGCACGGAAGGACAAGGGACAGGAUGACUUCUUGGGGAAUGUGGUCCUGAGGCUGCAGGAUCUACGCUGCCGGGAGGAUCAGUGGUACCCACUGGAACCACGAACAGAGACUUACCCAGAUCGAGGGCAGUGCCACCUGCAAUUUCUGCUCAUUCAUAAGCGGAGGGCCACCACUACCAGCCGUACCCAUCCCAGCUACACUGUGCAUCGUCACCUCCUUCAGCAGUUGGUGUCUCAUGAGGUCACUCAGCACCAGGCUGGCAGCACUUCCUGGGAUGGAGAGCUGAGCCCCCAGGCCUCCACCAUUCUCUUCCUCCAUGCCACGCAGAAAGACCUAUCUGAAUUUCACCAGUCUAUGGCGCAGUGGCUGGCCUAUAGCCGACUCUACCAAAGUCUGGAGUUCCCAGGAAGCUGCCUGCUGCACCCUAUCACUGCCAUGGAGUAUCAGUGGAUACAGGGAAGGCUGAAACCAGAGCAGCGGGAAGAACUGGCUGCCUCUUUCAACUCCCUACUGACCUAUGGACUCUCCUUGAUCCGGAGGUUCCGAUCUGUAUUCCCCCUCUCGGCCUCUGGCUCCCCAGCUCGUCUGCAGUCCCUCCUCAGGGUCCUGAUACAAAUGUGCAAGAUGAAGGCGUUUGCGGAGCUGUGCCCUAAUGGGGCACCCUUGUCUUCUCUGGUGACUGAGGUGCUGCGGACAGGCACCCUUGAGUGGUUCCAUAUGAAACAGCAGCACCAUCAGCCCAUGGUCCAGGACAUGCAAGAAAUGUGUAAGUCCGUAUUGAGCCUGGUUCUAGAUGUCAGUGGGGAUCUGCAUCAAUGUCAGAGAACCUGGAACAAAAUCUUCAACAAUACACUGAAGAUUCAGUUUUUCUCCAUGGCUUUCUUGGAGCUGCAGAAGCUUGUGGCCCAGAGGGUAAAGGAACACAUGGCGAUGGUGGGUAGCACCGUGUCCCCAGAGAUGGGGGAGAGCUUAUUCCAGCUCUAUCUUAGCCUCAAGGAGCUCUAUCAGCUGGUCCCCCCUCCUUCUGAGAGGGAUGGGACCCUGGAUCUGGAUGGCUUCCACAAAUGGUUCCUCCCAGCCAUCCCUGCCUGGCUGCUCAAGACCUAUAGCGUGGCAUUGGCUCGGCUCCAGCGGGCAGUGCAGAUGGAUCAGCUGGUCCCUCUUGGGGAGCCGAUCAAACACAGUACAUCUGCUGUGGACCUGUCCACGUGCUUUGCCCAGAUCAGCCACACUGCCCGACAGCUAGAUUGGCCGGACCCCGAGGUGGCCUUCAUGAUCACAGUCAAGUUUGUUGAGGAUACCUGUAAGCUGGCUCUGGUGUAUUGUAGCCUAAUCAAAGCUCGAGCCAAGGAACUCUCUGUCGACCAGAAAGACCAGGGACAGGCAGCUAAUAUGCUGUGCGUGGUGGUGAAUAACAUGGAACAGCUUCGGCUGGUGGUCCUAAAGCUCCCGACCCAGCUGGCAUGGAAAGACCUAGAACAGUGGGCAGGGGCCAUCUUAGAGCCAGAACAACUACAGCAUACGCUACACGCCCAGCUACAGGGUGCCCUGGCUGGCCUGGACCACGAGAUCCGAAGUGGUGUUCGGACCCUGGCUGAGCAGUUGGAGGCUGGCAUUUCUAGACACAUCCAGAAAAUUGUGGGCACCAGUAAAACCACCGUGCCUGAAGACGCCAUCCUACCUCUGAUGAAGUUUUUAGAGUCAGAGUUUCAUUACAUGAACAGGAACUUGGUGCAGGAAAACUUUAACAGUCUCCUGCUGCUGCUCUGGACUCACACGCUCAGCGUGCUUACCCAAACAGCUGCGGCCCAGCAGAGUUCACUUCUUACCUCCCAAAAGCUGAAGAUUGCCCUGCAGAACCUAGAACUCUGUUUUUAUGGUGAGGGUUGUGGCCUGUCCCCUGAAGCCCUUCACACACCUUCAUUGCAGGAUCUUCAGAGAAAGCUGGAACUGCAGGCAUCCUCUAGUCAGGAACUCAUUCAAAGAUAUUUCAGCAACCGCAUCCAGCAACAGGCAGACACCACGUCAGAAGAGUUUGGGGCCAUUACCAUCAAGGCCUCCUACAGACUCUCAGAACAGAAGCUCCGGAUUGAAGUUCUCAGCGCCUCCAACCUGCUACCCUUGGACUCCAACGGCACCAGUGAUCCCUUUGUCCAGCUGACCCUGGAGCCACGACAUGAGUUUGCAGAGGUGGCCCCUCGGGAGACACAGAAGUUCAAAAAGGAGCUGCACCCCCUGUUUGAUGAAGCCUUUGAGUUCUUGGUGUCUCCGGAGUCAUGCCAGAAGAAAGGGAAUUGCCUCUUGCUCACAGUGCUGGACCACGACAGGCUGGGGACCGAUGACCUGGAGGGAGAGGCCUUCCUCCCUCUCAACACUGUCCUGGGGCUCUCUGGUAACAAUAAUCCUGGCCAGGUGCCGCAGACACGUUUGCCUCUCACCUACCCUGCCUCCAAUGGGGACUCUAUCCUGAAGCUGCUGGACAUCAGGAAGGGUGAUCGGGAAGCUCAGGCUUUUGUUAAACUCCGAAGGCAGCGUGCCAAACAGGCUGGGCGUUUGGGGCAGUAAAAGUGGAAGGGACCUGCAUGGGCCCAGGGGCUGAGUUAGGUCUGGGAUCUUCCCUUCAUCCCCUACCAGAAAAGAUAUUCCUAACCUGCCCAGCCCAGCCCAGCAUCCCUCAGCUCCUCAGUGAUUAAGGGUUGACACUGACCCUUUAGGGGUUCAGAAUGGCACAAUCUAGAAGUCCACUGUGGUAAUGAAUAGGACUAUGUAUCCUCUGGAGAUGCUUAGUCAGACCAUUAUGCCCUCACCGUAUCCUGGUUUUUUUCCUCUAGGGUCCCUAAGAGGAAUGGGUAACAACUGUCCUCUGCUCUCCAGCUCAGAGACAUUCUUCAAAACCAGGGAAACGCUCUAGGGUAGAAAAGGGGAGGGGAAAGACAAAGAGUCUGUACUAGAUUCUUACCCGUUCUCAUAGAAAAAAAAAACUAUUCUGGUUGAACUUAGUUCCAACAGUCAUGGUCAGUCAUGGAAAUGUCAGAGCUAGGAGGUACCUCAGGGACCAUCUAAUCCAAUCCCUUCAUUUUACAGAGAAGGAAACUGAGGCUCAGAAAAAGGGUCACUUGCCCAUAGUGAAUGGCAGAGACAGAACAAUGUAAUUCAACUCUGAACCCAAUUUGUGAGCCUCUUCCCACUUGCUCAGUCCCUUCAGUAUAGGAGACGGAGCCCUUAUCAGUCUCAGAUUCCCUGGACCUUUGCAUCCCUGCCCAGUGGAAUUGGAAGGGGAACUGACAGUUGGGGGGUGGGGAGAGGUGGAGUAGGAUGCUGCUUUGGUGACACACUGGGUAACAGAACAAGGAAGACUUGGCUGGGACCCAAGCCUUGUCUCUUGGACUCCGUGAGUAGACAGGACUCUGGUUGUGAGGAGCUAUUGGGGAUUCCUAGGCUCCUGAACAUUCCUGGACCCCAGCUAGAGCCAGAGUCAGAAGAGUAACAGGAACUCAAGAGCUGAUUGACAGGUCAUCAACUUAGGAGUCAAAGCCCUCCUCCUUUCCUACCCCAGCAUUGAUUUUUUCUUUCUCAGGGAAACAAUAAAAAUAUAUUGUUCUCCCAGAAAA